CGCAGCAGCCGCCACGCAUUAUUGCUGCUGCAGCACCCCCCGGUAUACACAAUGGGAGCGGGGUCUACUACCGACAACUUGCGCUUUCCGCCUGGCUCUCCACCCAUACCGCUGUUCCGUACGGAACGUGGUGGUGAAGUAACGUACCAUGGACCUGGCCAGCUAGUGAUGUAUCCUAUUUUGGACCUGCAAGCCCUAAAACCCGACCUGCACUGGUACCUGCGGCAGCUUGAGGAGGUGGUUAUUCGGGCGCUGGAUCUGGUUUCGGGGCUCAAGGGGGAGCGGUUGGAGGGCCUUACAGGCGUGUGGGUAGAGGGAGCCAAGGUUGCGGCCAUCGGGGUUCGAGCGAAAAAAUGGGUGUCGUACCACGGUCUGGCCCUCAACGUGGUCACCGACCUGGCGCCCUUCUCCCGCAUCGUGCCUUGCGGCAUCUCCGACCGACCCGUCACCAGUGUACGGCAGCUGCUGCUGCAGCGGAGCGCGGCGGAGGAUCCUUUUGCACCGCCGCUGCUACAACCACAACUAUCAAUACCCUCAGAAGGCCUCGAGGGGGCACAGGUGGCAGGGUUAGACGGCAUGAUUCCGCUGGCCCAGGUAACUGCGCUGUCCUGA